AUGAAGUUUCAUAAAGACAAAAUAAGUGAAGUAUUACUACAUCUGACAAUCAACCUGAAGAAAUCAUUCAACGACCACGAGGUGGAAAAACAGAUGAUCAGGCGGUCAAAGAUUUCCACGAUAGCAUUUGUGAUUAUAGCAUGCUCCACAGUACUGAGUUUCGGAGUCGAUGCUCUAUUGCGUGACGGCACAUUCACGACAGUAAUAACUGCGUGGCCGGACGUCGAAGAUCGGAGCUUCGGUGCAGGUCUCGUUAGGAUUGUCAUCUAUAUUAUUUGGUGGUAUUUCGUUGUCAGAUUGAUUUGCGUUUUCUCGGUAAUAAUUCCAGUGACAAUUUUGCUAAGCCAUCAGUUCAAGAACUUGACAAGUUACUUUUACAGUUUGUCAGAAAUAUUCCAUGGGGACGAAAGUCAGGCCGAGAAGGAGAGGAAAUAUGAAGAGGCUUUUAAAUUGGGAAUAAAAUGGCAUUCUGAUACAUUAAGAUGUACCAGACUCUGUCAAGAUGCGUUCUAUUUUGUAUACAGCGGACAAAUUUUACUUAAUAUAUCACUUAUUAUUCUCCUCGUUGUACAGCUUGUGAUGUCCGAGCGAACAGUAACAAGCACGUUGGCGAACUUAAUCACGUUCACCUCAUUGUUGGUAGGCACUGGAUGCUUAAUGUGGAACGCCGGAGACAUUACUGUCGAGGCGUCCAAGUUACCAACGGCGAUGUUUCACUCCGGCUGGCAUAACUGCAGAGCACAGGCGUCACGUCGCAUUAGACCCUUGGUGGUCAUUGCCAUGUGGCAUAGUCAGAAGGCUGUGCAACUUCAUUGCCUUGGAAUAAUUAAGAUGUCUUACGAAUCCUACAUAUCGAUUAUCAAAAUAUCGUAUUCUGUGGUUUCUGUGAUAUUUUAG